GUCGUCUCACAAAAUUUUAUAGGAACACACAAAUUUAUUACUACUUGCCCGGGUCACAACAAAAACCAAAACAAACUACAAAAAUAAAUCACAAAAAUUUAUAUAUAUUUUUUACGUGAAAAAACAACCAAAAAUGUGGCAAAGCUUCGUGGUAGAUGACCAACAAAAGCGGUACUUUGCCCAUAGAGAACUACGACAUCCUGAUUAUAGGUUCACGCUUUAUGAUCCCCAGUGUAGCUUUUGUUACAUAGAGAUUAUUAACAAAACCAAUGCAGUGGAUAGAGCCGAGUCCUUAAAUCGUCAUAUGAUCGUUGCACAACAAUUAGAUGCAAACCACCUGAAUGAGACCCUUUUGAGAGGCACCCAUGAUGCAGCCUCGGAAUAUCGAUUCUCUGACGAUAAAACUAAUGCGGAGGCAGGAGCAAAUAAUCCAAAAAAAGUGAAACUACUCGUUCAGAUGGUCUAUAAGCAAAAGGAUGGGAAAUUCUUUCGAUAUUUUUGGCAACUAAGACAAGCAACUCAAGAAGAGUUCUGUGAUGCACUCUUUAAGCCCGCUCUGCAGUCCAUUACCGAAAUUAAUAGCCAAAUCUGUGAGUUGCGUUUCGCUCUCAUGGAACGUGAAAAGAGACCAUGGCAACGUCCCUUCGACUUUCAAAACUUUGACACAAAAUACGAAGAGUCAACAUCCAAAGCCAAUUCCCUAAUGCGUUUAAGUGGCACUAGCACUACCCUAAGUCCCAAAAGAAACGGUUGCAAAUCGUCAAGCAAAAGCGCUUUGGAAGAGUUACGCAUCCUUAAAUUGAACUUGUCUUCAAUGUGUAGGCAUUUGGCUAAGCAGCAACCGGAAGAGCUUCCUCCAGUAGUCGUUGAGCAAGAAGAUAUAAAACUGACCUUGCCCAUUACUUACAUUUGUAAUUGUGAUUACUGCAGAAAGCAACACCAGAAGGAACAACAACAGAAACAGGAGGCAAGGGAACCACAGGAGCAACGACGCCAACGAGAGCGACGAGAGCGACGGGAGCAACGGGAGCACCGGGAGUUCCGUGAGCCAAGGGAACGACGGGAGUCACGGGAGCAAAGGGAGAUACGUGAGCCACGUGGUCAACGAGGAUAUAGUGCUGGGAAUCAAAGGAUUGUCAAGAAACAGCACAAAUACCACGAAAUACAGCCAAACAAUGGCAAUACUUUUCGUAUACUCCAUAGGAAUCCAAAGUUCCAAUAUCGCAGUGAAUCAAGCAGCUGCAGCAGCAGCAGUGACCCGGAGAAUGUACAAUCUCGCCGUAGACCCCGGCGCUAAUUGAGAGAUCCAGAGAAUAUCUCAUACCCCUCCCCAAAAAAAAAAAAGAAAUUGAAAACCGCCAAAGUAGUAUAUUGAAAUUUCAGUUAAUCCUUAUUAUCUUAUUUAUUGUAUUUUAGAUCGCCAUAUAUACA